GCGCUGCCUGCGGGUCCCGAGCGCGGCGCCAUGUCGGAGCCCGGGGGCGGCGGCGAGGACGGCUCGGCCGGCCUGGAGGUGUCGGCAGUGCAGAACGUGGCCGACGUGUCGGUGCUGCAGAAGCACCUGCGCAAGCUGGUGCCGCUGCUGCUGGAGGAUGGCGGCGAGGCCCCGGCCGCGCUCGAGGCGGCGCUGGAGGAGAAGAGCGCCCUGGAGCAGAUGCGCAAGUUCCUCUCGGACCCGCAGGUGCACACGGUCCUGGUGGAGCGCUCCACGCUCAAAGAGGAUGUUGGUGAUGAAGGAGAAGAAGAAAAAGAAUUUAUUUCCUAUAACAUCAACAUAGACAUUCAUUAUGGAGUUAAGUCCAAUAGCCUGGCAUUCAUUAAACGGACUCCAGUGAUUGAUGCAGACAAGCCAGUAUCGUCCCAGCUCCGUGUCCUCACACUCAGUGAAGACUCGCCGUAUGAAACCUUGCACUCUUUCAUUAGCAAUGCGGUGGCUCCUUUUUUUAAGUCCUAUAUCAGAGAGUCUGGCAAGGCAGACAGGGAUGGUGAUAAAAUGGCUCCUUCAGUUGAAAAAAAGAUUGCAGAACUUGAAAUGGGACUCCUUCACCUGCAGCAGAAUAUUGAAAUUCCAGAGAUCAGCCUGCCCAUUCAUCCAAUUAUUACAAAUGUUGCAAAACAGUGUUAUGAGCGUGGAGAAAAGCCAAAAGUUACAGACUUUGGAGAUAAGGUUGAAGACCCAACUUUUCUCAAUCAGUUACAAUCUGGAGUUAACCGCUGGAUCCGAGAAAUUCAAAAAGUGACCAAACUUGAUCGAGAUCCUGCCUCAGGAACUGCCUUACAGGAAAUUAGUUUUUGGCUAAACUUGGAACGUGCGUUAUACCGCAUCCAGGAGAAACGAGAGAGCCCAGAAGUUCUCCUGACGCUGGAUAUCUUGAAACACGGCAAACGUUUCCAUGCCACCGUCAGCUUCGACACUGACACAGGUCUGAAACAGGCCUUGGAAACUGUGAAUGACUACAAUCCUCUGAUGAAAGAUUUUCCUCUGAAUGACUUGCUGUCUGCCACUGAGCUGGACAAGAUAAGGCAGGCACUUGUUGCAAUUUUCACCCAUCUGAGAAAGAUCCGAAACACAAAAUACCCCAUUCAGAGGGCACUGCGUUUGGUGGAGGCGAUUUCAAGAGACUUGAGUUCUCAGUUACUCAAAGUGCUGGGCACUAGAAAACUGAUGCAUGUUGCUUAUGAAGAAUUUGAAAAAGUUAUGGUCGCGUGCUUUGAAGUCUUUCAGACUUGGGAUGAUGAAUAUGAGAAACUCCAGGUGUUGUUGAGAGACAUUGUCAAAAGGAAAAGGGAAGAAAACCUGAAGAUGGUGUGGCGAAUCAACCCUGCUCACAGGAAGCUUCAGGCUCGCCUUGACCAGAUGAGGAAGUUUAGACGCCAGCACGAGCAGCUGAGAGCUGUCAUUGUCAGGGUCCUGAGGCCACAGGUCACAGCAGUUGCACAGCAGAACCAAGGAGAGGUGCCCGAACCCCAAGACAUGAAAGUAGCCGAGGUUCUCUUCGAUGCUGCUGACGCAAAUGCCAUAGAGGAGGUCAACCUCGCUUACGAGAAUGUCAAGGAAGUGGACGGGCUCGACGUCUCCAAAGAGGGCACGGAGGCCUGGGAGGCUGCGAUGAAGAGAUACGACGAGAGGAUCGACAGGGUGGAGACCCGGAUCACCGCUCGCCUUCGAGAUCAGCUCGGCACGGCUAAGAACGCCAAUGAGAUGUUCAGGAUUUUCUCCAGGUUCAACGCGCUGUUUGUCAGGCCUCACAUCCGUGGGGCCAUCCGCGAGUACCAGACCCAGCUGAUCCAGCGUGUGAAGGACGACAUCGAGUCUCUGCACGACAAGUUCAAGGUCCAGUACCCGCAGAGCCAGGCGUGUAAGAUGAGCCACGUGCGCGACCUGCCACCGGUGUCGGGGUCCAUCAUUUGGGCAAAGCAGAUCGACCGACAGCUGACGGCCUACAUGAAGCGCGUGGAGGACGUGCUGGGCAAGGGCUGGGAGAACCACGUAGAGGGGCAGAAGCUGAAGCAGGACGGAGACAGCUUCCGCAUGAAGCUCAACACGCAGGAGAUCUUUGACGACUGGGCCCGCAAGGUGCAGCAGCGCAACCUGGGUGUCUCAGGCCGCAUCUUCACCAUCGAGAGCACGCGCGUCCGGGGCCGGUCCGGAAACGUCCUCAAGCUGAAGGUUAACUUCCUCCCCGAGAUUAUCACACUCUCCAAAGAAGUUCGAAACCUCAAGUGGCUCGGUUUCCGAGUCCCGCUGGCGAUUGUGAACAAGGCUCACCAAGCAAACCAGCUCUACCCGUUCGCCAUUUCGCUGAUCGAGAGCGUUCGGACUUACGAACGCACGUGUGAGAAGGUGGAGGAGCGCAACACCAUCUCCCUGCUGGUCGCGGGCUUGAAAAAGGAGGUGCAGGCUCUGAUCGCGGAGGGCAUCGCCUUGGUGUGGGAGUCCUACAAGCUCGACCCCUACGUGCAGCGCUUAGCGGAGACUGUCUUCAACUUCCAAGAAAAGGUGGAUGAUCUGCUGAUUAUUGAGGAAAAAAUAGACCUGGAAGUCCGGUCCCUGGAGACUUGCAUGUAUGAUCAUAAGACUUUCUCCGAGAUCCUGAACAGAGUGCAGAAGGCCGUGGACGACCUCAACCUGCACUCCUACUCAAACCUGCCCAUCUGGGUCAACAAGCUGGACAUGGAGAUUGAAAGAAUACUGGGCGUCCGCCUGCAAGCCGGCCUGAGAGCUUGGACCCAGGUGCUUCUUGGACAAGCUGAGGAUAAAGCAGAGGUCGACAUGGAUACGGACGCACCUCAAGUUAGUCACAAACCUGGAGGAGAGCCAAAGAUCAAGAAUGUCGUUCAUGAGCUGAGAAUAACCAACCAGGUCAUCUAUUUGAACCCGCCAAUCGAGGAGUGCAGGUACAAGCUGUACCAGGAGAUGUUCGCCUGGAAGAUGGUGGUGCUGUCUCUCCCCAGGAUCCAGAGUCAGAGGUACCAGGUGGGUGUCCACUAUGAACUGACCGAAGAAGAGAAAUUCUACCGGAAUGCUCUAACACGGAUGCCAGACGGCCCCGUUGCCCUGGAGGAAUCCUAUUCUGCAGUCAUGGGCAUCGUAACUGAAGUCGAGCAGUAUGUCAAGGUGUGGCUUCAGUAUCAGUGUCUGUGGGACAUGCAAGCUGAGAACAUCUAUAACAGACUCGGGGAAGAUCUCAACAAGUGGCAGGCUCUCUUGGUGCAGAUAAGGAAGGCCCGAGGAACAUUUGACAAUGCAGAGACCAAGAAAGAGUUUGGACCAGUAGUCAUAGAUUACGGCAAGGUCCAAUCCAAGGUGAACUUGAAGUACGACUCUUGGCAUAAGGAGGUCCUCAGCAAAUUUGGGCAGAUGCUCGGCUCAAACAUGACAGAGUUCCACUCCCAGAUCUCCAAGUCUCGCCAGGAGCUGGAGCAACACUCCGUGGACACGGCCAGCACCUCCGACGCUGUGACCUUCAUCACCUACGUGCAGUCUCUGAAACGGAAGAUCAAGCAGUUUGAAAAGCAAGUCGAGCUCUACCGCAAUGGCCAGCGCUUGCUGGAAAAGCAAAGGUUCCAGUUCCCACCUUCCUGGCUUUACAUUGACAACAUUGAGGGAGAGUGGGGUGCCUUCAACGACAUCAUGCGGCGGAAGGACUCUGCCAUCCAGCAGCAGGUGGCGAACCUGCAGAUGAAGAUCGUCCAGGAGGACCGGGCUGUGGAGAGCCGCACCUCCGACCUGCUGACCGACUGGGAGAAGACCAAGCCUGUCACGGGCAAUCUUCGCCCGGAGGAGGCGCUGCAGGCUCUCACCAUAUAUGAAGGAAAGUUCGGCAGGCUGAAGGACGACAGGGAGAAGUGUGCGAAGGCCAAGGAGGCGCUGGAACUGACAGAUACGGGACUUCUCGGUGGCAGCGAAGAGCGCGUCCAGGUGGCCUUAGAGGAGCUACAGGACCUCAAAGGCGUUUGGUCAGAGCUCUCUAAGGUCUGGGAGCAGAUCGAUCAGAUGAAGGAGCAGCCAUGGGUUUCAGUGCAGCCUCGGAAGCUUCGGCAAAAUUUAGAUGGCCUCUUGAACCAGCUAAAAAACUUCCCCGCUCGAUUACGGCAGUACGCAUCCUACGAGUUUGUCCAGAGGCUUCUGAAAGGUUACCUCAAGAUAAACAUGCUGGUGAUUGAACUGAAAUCCGAAGCACUUAAAGAUCGCCACUGGAAACAGCUGAUGAAACGGCUUCAUGUAAACUGGGUUGUUUCUGAGCUGACCCUCGGCCAGAUCUGGGACGUUGACUUGCAGAAAAAUGAAGCGGUUGUCAAGGACGUGCUGCUUGUAGCACAGGGGGAGAUGGCUUUGGAGGAAUUUUUGAAGCAGAUAAGAGAAGUGUGGAAUACUUACGAAUUAGACUUGGUUAACUAUCAGAACAAGUGUCGCCUGAUCCGAGGCUGGGACGACCUCUUCAACAAGGUCAAAGAGCACAUCAACAGCGUGUCCGCCAUGAAGCUGUCUCCAUAUUAUAAGGUGUUUGAAGAGGAUGCCCUGAGCUGGGAAGACAAACUGAACCGGAUCAUGGCUCUCUUCGACGUGUGGAUCGAUGUGCAGAGGCGCUGGGUCUACCUGGAGGGCAUCUUCACGGGCAGCGCAGACAUCAAACACCUGCUGCCAGUGGAAACCCAGCGGUUCCAGAGUAUCAGCACGGAAUUCUUGGCUCUCAUGAAAAAAGUAUCCAAGUCUCCCCUGGUCAUGGAUGUUCUGAACAUCCAGGGGGUACAGAGGUCUCUGGAGAGAUUAGCAGACCUGCUAGGAAAGAUCCAGAAAGCCCUGGGAGAGUACCUGGAAAGAGAGCGCUCAUCUUUCCCCAGGUUUUAUUUUGUGGGUGACGAAGAUUUGCUUGAAAUCAUUGGAAACAGUAAGAAUGUAGCUAAGUUACAGAAACAUUUCAAGAAAAUGUUUGCUGGUGUUUCGAGCAUCAUCCUAAAUGAAGACAACUCUGUCGUCCUGGGCAUCUCAUCCCGUGAAGGAGAGGAGGUUAUGUUUAAAACUCCCGUGUCAAUUACUGAACAUCCCAAAAUCAACGAGUGGCUCACCCUAGUCGAGAAGGAGAUGAGAGUCACGCUGGCCAAACUCCUUGCUGAGUCUGUUACGGAAGUUGAGAUUUUUGGUAAAGCAACUUCAAUUGACCCAAAUACCUACAUCACCUGGAUUGACAAAUACCAGGCCCAGCUCGUGGUCCUGUCAGCCCAGAUUGCCUGGUCUGAGAACGUGGAGACGGCGCUGAGCAGCGUCGGUGGGAGCGGCGACACGGCCCCCCUGCACUCCGUGCUCAGCAACGUGGAGGUCACCCUCAACGUGCUGGCCGACUCGGUCCUCAUGGAGCAGCCGCCGCUCCGGAGACGCAAGCUGGAGCACUUGAUUACAGAGUUGGUUCACCAGAGAGAUGUCACCAGGUCCUUGAUCAAGAGCAAGAUCGACAACGCCAAGUCUUUCGAGUGGCUCAGCCAGAUGCGAUUUUACUUUGACCCUAAGCAAACCGAUGUGUUGCAGCAAUUGUCGAUUCAAAUGGCAAAUGCCAAGUUUAACUAUGGCUUUGAGUACCUGGGUGUCCAGGACAAGCUGGUCCAGACCCCCCUCACCGACCGCUGCUACUUGACAAUGACACAGGCCUUGGAGGCCAGGUUGGGCGGGUCCCCCUUCGGGCCUGCUGGGACUGGGAAGACUGAGUCUGUCAAAGCUCUCGGCCAUCAGCUUGGACGCUUUGUUUUAGUUUUCAACUGUGAUGAAACCUUUGACUUCCAGGCGAUGGGACGGAUCUUUGUGGGGCUUUGCCAGGUGGGCGCGUGGGGCUGCUUUGACGAGUUCAACCGCCUGGAGGAGCGGAUGCUGUCGGCCGUGUCCCAGCAGGUGCAGUGCAUCCAGGAGGCACUGCGCGAGCACUCCAGCCCCAGCUACGAUAAGACCUCUGCCCCCAUUACUUGUGAGCUGCUGAACAAACAAGUCAAGGUGAGCCCAGACAUGGCCAUCUUCAUCACCAUGAACCCCGGCUACGCGGGCCGGUCGAACCUUCCAGACAACUUGAAGAAGCUGUUCCGGAGCCUGGCCAUGACCAAGCCCGACCGGCAGCUCAUCGCCCAGGUCAUGCUGUACUCCCAGGGCUUCCGCACCGCCGAGGUCCUUGCCAACAAGAUCGUCCCGUUCUUCAAACUAUGCGAUGAGCAGCUCUCUUCUCAAAGCCACUACGACUUUGGUCUCCGAGCCUUGAAGAGCGUGCUGGUGAGCGCCGGAAACGUGAAGCGGGAGCGGAUCCAGAAGAUCAAGAGGGAGAAGGCGGAGCGCGGCGAGGCGGUGGACGAAGGAGAAAUCGCGGAGAAUCUCCCUGAGCAAGAGAUCCUGAUCCAGAGCGUCUGUGAGACGAUGGUGCCAAAGCUGGUGGCAGAAGACAUCCCGCUGCUUUUCAGCCUCUUGUCGGACGUGUUCCCCGGGGUCCAGUAUCACCGGGGCGAGAUGACAGCGCUGAGGGAGGAGCUCAAGAAAGUGUGCCAGGAGAUGUACCUGACAUACGGAGACGGAGAAGAAGUCGGCGGGAUGUGGGUUGAAAAGGUUCUCCAGCUCUAUCAGAUCACCCAGAUCAACCACGGCCUGAUGAUGGUGGGGCCCUCGGGCAGCGGGAAGAGCAUGGCCUGGCGCGUUCUUCUGAAGGCUCUGGAGAGGCUCGAGGGUGUGGAGGGCGUGGCCCAUAUCAUCGACCCUAAAGCCAUCAGCAAAGACCACCUGUACGGAACCCUGGACCCCAACACCAGGGAAUGGACAGAUGGGCUGUUCACACAUGUUCUGAGAAAGAUCAUCGACAACGUGAGGGGGGAGCUGCAGAAGCGCCAGUGGAUCGUCUUUGAUGGCGAUGUGGAUCCCGAGUGGGUGGAGAACUUGAACUCGGUGCUGGAUGACAACAAGCUGCUGACCCUGCCCAACGGAGAGCGCCUCAGCCUUCCGCCCAACGUGCGCAUAAUGUUUGAAGUGCAGGACCUGAAGUACGCCACCCUGGCCACGGUGUCGCGCUGCGGCAUGGUCUGGUUCAGCGAGGACGUGCUCAGCACGGACAUGAUCUUCAACAACUUUCUGGCCAGGCUGCGCAGCAUCCCCCUGGACGAGGGCGAGGACGAGGCCCAGCGCCGGCGCAAGGGCAAGGAGGACGAGGGCGAGGAGGCCGCCUCCCCGAUGCUGCAGAUCCAGAGGGACGCAGCAACGAUCAUGCAGCCAUACUUCACGUCCAACGGCCUGGUCACCAAGGCCCUGGAGCACGCCUUCAAGCUGGAGCACAUCAUGGACCUGACACGCCUGCGCUGCCUGGGCUCGCUCUUCUCCAUGCUGCACCAGGCCUGCCGCAACGUGGCCCAGUACAACGCCAACCACCCCGACUUCCCCAUGCAGGUCGAGCAGCUGGAGCGCUAUAUCCAGCGGUAUCUGGUUUACGCCAUCCUUUGGUCCUUGUCUGGAGACAGUCGGCUGAAAAUGAGAGCAGAGCUGGGUGAAUACAUCAGAAGGAUCACGACGGUGCCACUGCCCGCUGCUCCCAACAUCCCCAUCAUCGACUACGAAGUGUCCAUCAGCGGAGAAUGGUCGCCGUGGCAGGCCAAGGUGCCUCAGAUUGAAGUGGAGACGCACAAGGUGGCCGCCCCUGACGUCGUCGUGCCAACGCUGGACACCGUCCGCCACGAGGCCCUCUUGUACACCUGGCUGGCCGAGCACAAGCCACUGGUCUUGUGCGGCCCUCCUGGGUCUGGCAAGACCAUGACGCUCUUUCGCCCCACUUUUGACCACUACUGCGAGUACAGACGCACACCGAACGGGGUCGUCCUGGCCCCUGUUCAGCUGGGAAAGUGGCUGGUGUUGUUCUGUGAUGAAAUCAACCUGCCAGACAUGGAUAAAUACGGGACGCAGAGGGUCAUAUCCUUCAUCAGACAGAUGGUGGAGCACGGAGGCUUUUACCGAACCUCAGAUCAGACUUGGGUGAAGCUGGAGAGGAUCCAGUUCGUCGGGGCUUGUAACCCACCCACCGACCCUGGAAGGAAGCCCCUCUCUCACAGGUUCCUGCGUCACGUGCCCGUGGUGUAUGUGGAUUACCCGGGACCCGCCUCCCUGACGCAGAUCUACGGCACCUUCAACCGGGCCAUGUUGCGCCUCAUCCCGUCCCUGCGCACAUACGCAGAGCCUCUCACCGCGGCGAUGGUGGAGUUCUACACCAUGUCCCAGGAGAGGUUCACUCAGGACACACAGCCCCACUAUAUCUACUCACCCCGUGAAAUGACCCGGUGGGUGCGAGGUAUCUUCGAGGCACUGAGACCCCUGGAGACUCUGCCUGUUGAAGGCCUCAUUCGGAUUUGGGCACAUGAAGCCCUCCGUCUCUUCCAGGACAGACUUGUAGAAGACGAGGAGAGGCGUUGGACUGACGAAAAUAUUGAUAUGGUUGCUCUGAAGCAUUUCCCCAACAUAGACAAGGAGAAGGCGAUGAGCCGGCCCAUCCUGUACAGCAACUGGUUGUCAAAGGAUUACAUCCCAGUAGACCAAGAAGAGUUAAGAGAUUAUGUCAAAGCCAGGCUGAAAGUCUUCUAUGAAGAAGAGCUCGAUGUCCCUCUGGUCCUGUUUAAUGAGGUGUUGGACCACGUGCUCAGGAUUGACCGAAUAUUCCGUCAGCCUCAAGGCCACCUGCUUCUGAUUGGGGUCAGUGGAGCGGGCAAAACCACCCUGUCCCGUUUCGUGGCCUGGAUGAACGGUCUGAGCGUGUACCAGAUUAAGGUCCACAGGAAGUACACGGGGGAGGACUUUGAUGAAGAUCUCCGCACGGUGUUGAGACGUUCUGGCUGUAAAAACGAAAAGAUAGCUUUUAUAAUGGACGAGUCCAACGUGUUAGAUUCUGGAUUCCUGGAGCGGAUGAAUACCCUUCUGGCCAACGGAGAGGUUCCCGGCCUCUUCGAAGGAGAUGAGUAUGCCACCCUGAUGACCCAGUGUAAGGAGGGGGCCCAGAAGGAGGGCUUGAUGCUGGACUCGCACGAGGAGCUGUACAAGUGGUUCACCAGCCAGGUCAUCCGCAACCUCCACGUCGUCUUCACCAUGAACCCAUCCUCGGAGGGGCUCAAGGACCGCGCGGCCACCUCCCCCGCUCUGUUCAACAGGUGUGUGUUGAACUGGUUUGGGGACUGGUCCACUGAAGCUCUGUAUCAGGUUGGCAAAGAAUUCACUAGUAAGAUGGACCUGGAGAAGCCGAAUUACAUCGUGCCUGAUUACAUGCCAGUCGUGUAUGACAAACUGCCGCAGCCACCGUCACACCGGGAAGCCAUCGUAAACAGCUGUGUGUUCGUUCAUCAGACUCUUCACCAGGCUAAUGCUCGGCUAGCGAAGCGGGGAGGCAGGACCAUGGCCAUCACGCCUCGCCACUACCUAGACUUCAUCAAUCACUACGCCGACCUGUUCCACGAGAAGCGGAGCGAGCUGGAGGAGCAGCAGAUGCACCUGAAUGUCGGGCUGAGGAAGAUCAAAGAGACGGUUGACCAGGUGGAAGAGCUGCGUCGGGACCUCAGGAUAAAGAGCCAAGAGCUGGAGGUGAAGAACGCGGCGGCCAACGACAAGCUGAAGAAGAUGGUGAAGGACCAGCAGGAGGCGGAGAAGAAAAAGGUCAUGAGCCAAGAAAUCCAGGAACAGCUGCAUAAGCAGCAGGAGGUCAUCGCAGACAAACAGAUGAGCGUCAAGGAAGAUCUUGACAAGGUGGAGCCAGCCGUCAUCGAGGCCCAGAAUGCUGUGAAGUCCAUAAAGAAGCAGCACCUGGUGGAGGUGCGGUCCAUGGCCAACCCCCCUGCCGCCGUGAAGCUGGCGCUCGAGUCCAUCUGCCUGUUGCUGGGGGAGAGCACGACGGACUGGAAGCAGAUUCGCUCCAUCAUCAUGAGGGAGAACUUCAUCCCGACCAUCGUGAACUUUUCUGCCGAGGAGAUCAGCGAUGCCAUAAGGGAGAAGAUGAAGAAGAACUACAUGUCCAACCCCAGUUACAAUUACGAAAUCGUCAACCGGGCCUCCCUGGCCUGCGGGCCUAUGGUUAAGUGGGCCAUCGCACAGCUUAACUACGCCGACAUGUUAAAGCGAGUAGAGCCCCUGCGCAACGAGCUGCAGAAGCUGGAGGACGACGCCAAGGACAACCAGCAGAAAGCCAACGAGGUGGAGCGGAUGAUCCGCGAGCUGGAGGCCAGCAUCGCCCGCUACAAGGAGGAGUACGCGGUCCUCAUCUCGGAGGCCCAGGCCAUCAAAGCAGACCUGGCUGCCGUCGAAGCCAAAGUAAGGUGGUCCCCCGCUCUUCUGAAGAGCUUGUCUGCUGAACGGGAACGAUGGGAAAAAACAAGCGAAACUUUCAAGAACCAGAUGUCCACCAUCGCCGGGGACUGUCUCCUGUCAGCUGCGUUUAUUGCUUAUGCGGGUUACUUUGACCAGCAGAUGCGCCAGAACUUGUUUACCACCUGGUCCCAUCACUUACAGCAAGCCAACAUCCAGUUCCGCACAGAUAUCGCGAGGACAGAGUAUCUGUCCAACGCUGACGAGCGUCUCCGCUGGCAGGCCAGCUCCCUACCUGCAGACGACCUGUGCACAGAGAACGCCAUCAUGCUGAAACGCUUCAAUAGGUAUCCGCUGAUCAUCGACCCCUCAGGACAGGCCACAGAGUUCAUCAUGAAUGAGUAUAAGGACCGCAAGAUCACACGGACCAGCUUCCUGGACGAUGCCUUCAGGAAGAACCUCGAGAGUGCGCUGAGGUUCGGCAACCCCCUUCUGGUCCAGGACGUGGAGAGCUAUGAUCCAGUUCUGAAUCCAGUUUUGAACCGUGAAGUCCGGCGAACAGGGGGGAGAGUGCUGAUCACCCUCGGUGACCAGGACAUAGACCUGUCGCCAUCCUUCGUCAUCUUCCUGUCCACCCGGGAUCCCACGGUCGAGUUCCCACCUGAUCUCUGUUCCCGGGUUACCUUCGUCAACUUCACCGUCACCCGUAGCAGUUUGCAGAGCCAGUGUCUCAAUGAAGUUCUCAAGGCAGAAAGACCUGACGUGGAUGAAAAACGUUCCGACCUUCUUAAACUCCAAGGGGAAUUUCAGCUGCGCUUACGUCAGCUAGAAAAGUCUCUGCUACAAGCUCUGAAUGAGGUGAAAGGGCGCAUUUUGGAUGAUGACACGAUCAUAACGACCCUGGAGAACCUCAAGAAAGAGGCCGCCGAGGUGACGAGGAAAGUCGAGGAGACGGACAUUGUGAUGCAGGAGGUGGAGACUGUGUCCCAGCAGUACCUGCCGCUGUCCACCGCCUGCAGCAGCAUCUACUUCACCAUGGAGUCACUGAAGCAGAUACACUUCCUGUACCAGUACUCCCUGCAGUUCUUCCUGGACAUCUACCACAACGUCCUGUACGAGAACCCGAACCUGAAGGGCGUCACCGACCACACGCAGCGCCUCUCCAUCAUCACCAAGGACCUCUUCCAGGUGGCGUUUAACCGGGUAGCUCGAGGCAUGCUGCACCAGGACCACAUCACCUUCGCCAUGCUGCUGGCGAGGAUCAAACUGAAGGGCGCCGUCGGGGAGCCCACCUACGAUGCCGAGUUCCAGCACUUCCUGAGGGGGAAGGAGAUCGUCCUGAACGCUGGCUCGACACCCAAGAUCCAGGGUCUGAUGGUGGAGCAGGCCGAGGCAGCGGUGCGUCUGAGCUGCCUGCCCGCGUUUAGGGAUCUGAUUGCGAAGGUUCAGGCAGACGAGCAAUUUGGCAUCUGGCUGGACAGCAGCUCCCCAGAGCAGACGGUGCCAUACCUCUGGAGCGAGGAAAGCCCUGCAACUCCCAUCGGGCAAGCCAUCCACCGGCUGCUCUUGAUUCAGGCCUUCCGCCCCGACCGCCUGCUGGCCAUGGCUCACAUGUUUGUCUCCACAAACCUCGGGGAUUCCUUCAUGUCCAUCAUGGAGCAGCCGCUCGACCUGACCCACAUCGUGGACACGGAGGUGAAGCCGAACACCCCUGUCCUAAUGUGCUCUGUGCCCGGUUACGAUGCCAGCGGGCACGUGGAGGACCUCGCAGCUGAGCAGAACACACAGAUCACGUCCAUUGCCAUUGGCUCGGCAGAAGGCUUUAACCAAGCAGAUAAGGCAAUAAAUACAGCCGUGAAGUCGGGCAGGUGGGUGAUGCUGAAGAACGUGCACCUGGCUCCGGGCUGGCUGAUGCAGCUGGAGAAGAAGCUGCACUCCCUGCAGCCGCACGCCUGCUUCAGGCUCUUCCUCACCAUGGAGAUCAACCCCAAGGUGCCCGUGAACCUGCUCCGAGCGGGCCGCAUCUUCGUGUUCGAGCCGCCGCCGGGCGUGAAGGCCAACAUGCUGAGGACUUUCAGCAGCAUCCCCGUGUCUCGGAUAUGCAAGUCUCCCAACGAGCGCGCUCGCCUGUACUUCCUGCUGGCCUGGUUCCACGCCGUCAUCCAAGAACGCCUACGAUACGCGCCCCUGGGGUGGUCGAAGAAGUAUGAGUUUGGGGAGUCUGACCUGCGGUCGGCCUGCGACACGGUGGACACGUGGCUGGACGACACGGCCAAGGGAAGGCAGAACAUCUCUCCAGACAAGAUCCCCUGGGCGGCGCUCAAGACCUUGAUGGCCCAGUCCAUCUACGGCGGCCGGGUGGACAAUGAGUUUGACCAGCGCCUGCUCAACACUUUCCUGGAGCGUCUCUUCACCACCAGGAGUUUCGACAGUGAAUUUAAGCUGGCCUGCAAGGUCGACGGGCACAAAGACAUCCAAAUGCCAGACGGCAUCAGGCGAGAGGAGUUCGUGCAGUGGGUGGAGCUGCUCCCAGACACGCAGACCCCCUCCUGGCUGGGCCUGCCCAACAACGCUGAGAAGGUCCUGCUCACCACGCAGGGUGUGGACAUGAUCAGUAAAAUGCUGAAGAUGCAGAUGCUAGAGGACGAGGACGACCUGGCCUACGCAGAGACAGAGAAGAAGACAAGGCCGGAUUCCACGUCCGACGGGCGCCCCGCCUGGAUGCGGACGCUGCACACCACCGCAUCCAACUGGCUGCACCUCAUUCCUCAGACACUGAGCCACCUCAAACGCACAGUGGAGAACAUCAAGGAUCCUCUGUUCAGAUUCUUUGAGAGAGAGGUGAAGAUGGGUGCCAAGUUACUCCAGGACGUCCGCCAGGAUCUUGCUGACGUCGUGCAGGUGUGCGAGGGCAAGAAGAAGCAGACCAACUACCUGCGCACACUCAUCAACGAGCUGGUGAAAGGAAUUCUGCCCCGGAGCUGGUCCCACUACACGGUGCCCGCCGGCAUGACCGUCAUCCAGUGGGUCUCCGACUUCAGUGAGAGGAUCAAACAGCUGCAGAGCAUCUCACUGGCAGCUGCCUCUGGUGGCGCCAAGGAGCUAAAGAACAUCCAUGUGUGCCUGGGCGGCCUGUUUGUGCCCGAGGCGUACAUCACUGCCACCAGGCAGUACGUGGCCCAGGCCAACAGCUGGUCCCUGGAGGAGCUCUGCCUGGAGGUGAACGUCACCACCUCGCAGAGCACCACGCUGGACGCCUGCAGCUUUGGGGUCACGGGGUUGAAGCUCCAGGGGGCCACGUGCAACAACAACAAGCUCUCGCUCUCCAACGCCAUCUCCACCGUCCUCCCCCUGACGCAGCUGCGCUGGGUCAAGCAGACAAAUGCAGAGAAAAAGGCUAACGUGGUGACCCUUCCCGUCUACCUGAACUUCACCCGAGCAGACCUCAUCUUCACCGUGGACUUUGAAAUCGCCACCAAGGAGGACCCGCGCAGCUUCUAUGAGCGCGGCGUCGCCGUGCUCUGCACCGAGUGA